AUGGCCAGCGACCUGGAAGACGACGACGACGACAACGAACAAGAUGAAGAGGAUGAUAAAGGCGUUGGAAGGAACGCUCCGAUCGUUGAUGUAGUCAAAUUGCCUAGCAGCAAGGACGAAAAAGCAGUCAAAGCCCGGCUGGACGCCGUUGGAAAGAAGAGGAAGCGCGACGGCGCAAGCGCUAACGUAAAAGCGGGUGUGUUAUACAUCGGUCGCAUCCCAAGGGGAUUCUAUGAAAAUGAGAUGCGAUCCUACUUUUCGCAAUUUGGCAAUGUCACCCGUCUGCGCCUCUCCCGAAACAAGAAAACAGGGGCGCCGAAACACUACGGCUUCAUCGAAUUCGAUGACGUGGAGGUCGCGCAGAUUGUGCAAGAGACCAUGGACAAUUAUCUUCUCAUGGGGCAUCUACUUCAGGUCAAGAUGAUUCCUCAGGACAAAGUCCACGCUGAUCUGUUCAAAGGAGCGAAUCGCAAAUGGAGAGGGUCUACAGGCACUCGGCGAGAGCGUACGCUCCACGAUCAGCCCCGAACGAAGGAGGAGCAGGAGGUGGUGGAGAAGAAACUGUUGCAACGGCAGACGCAGAGGAAAGCUGCUCUGAAGAAGAAAGGCAUCGAGUACGGUUUUCCAGGGUACCAAGUUGUUUAA